CAUUCAUUGUUCAUUUUUUGAUGAUGUUGUUUGUGGCCAUUCCUCAUCCAUUUUGGUUUACAGUGAGAACCAGGAAAUACAGUCUGGCUGUAUGUGCUUGUCAACGAGACAGUGAACGAGACCCAAAUGAGUCUAGUCAUUCUGAAAACAUACCGCCCCACCACUCUGGAGAGUCGUUUGUAUCUCAACGCUCAUAUCACGAAAUCCCUUCAACCAGUGUGGAUUGGGACUUUGAAUGGGUGAAAUAUGUGGCUACUGGAAAAAUAGAAAGUAAAAAGUCCAAGCCACAUACUCUUUGGGGAACAUUGAAAGGACAACGUGCCAAGUUUCCGAUGAAGCCGCCGCUCAAUGUUCCCAGGUUGUCUCUGUUGGCGAAGGAUUGGAGAUUUUGGAUAAUUACACUGUUGACUGUAUCUAUGAUUAUGGCAGCUAUUCAACACUCUCAUAAUCCUAUGACAGGGUCAGGGUUUAUAUAAGAGGAUAAUAGAAUAGGAAAGAGUUUGUGGUGUAAAUCCAAAAGGCAUAAAAAUCCCAUUCAGAGAUAAUGAAUCGAAGAGUUGUGUG